AAACUCGGGGUAUUUCAUGAAAUAUCCGUUUAAACAAAGUAGUCUGUAUCAUUGUGAUACUUCUAUCCAUGUACCCAAAACAUUUGGGCAAGAUUCACCCUGUCAACAAAAAAAAAAAAAAAAAAAAAAAAAAAAAAACUAAAACUUUUUACUAACUUCCUAUAUCACCACGUUCAAAUUUCACCAAAAGAAAAAAAAACCACCCACUCUUCUUCCCACCUCCUUCUCUCCCUCCCCUUCCAUUCCAUGCUCACUCCCACUCUCUCUCUCUCUUUCUCUCUCCACCAUCAAAAUGCACACCAUCUUCACCUUCUUCUUCGUCCUCCUCCUCUCCUCUCUCCCACCUAUUCUCUCCAUCAACCAAGAAGGUCUCUACUUACAGCAUGUAAAACAAACUCUUGAUGACCCCGACCACUUCUUCUCUGGUUGGAAUGACACCGACCACACCCCAUGUAACUGGACUGGUGUCACCUGCGAUCCCGCCACCGGUUCUGUUGUUUCCCUUAACUUCACUAAUGCUAAUCUCGGUGGCCCUUUUCCUCUCAUCGUCUGCCGCCUCCGCUCCCUGGCUUUCCUCUCCUUUAGCAACAACUACAUCAACUCCACUCUGCCGUCGGAUAUCUCCACGUGUCAGAGUCUCCGCCACCUCGAUAUGGGGCUGAACGUUUUCGUCGGAAGCUUGCCGGAUUCUCUCUCCUCAAUACCGACGCUUGAGUAUUUGGACUUGAACGGUAAUAACUUUUCUGGGGAAGUUCCGGAGAGCUAUGGAAGGUUCCAGAAGCUUGAGGUUGUUAGUUUGACGGGGAACUUGCUUGAUGGGAAGUUUCCCAUGGUUUUCAGCAACGUCACCACGUUGAAGACGCUCAACGUGAGUUGGAACCCUUUUCAACCGAGUCGACUCGGUCCGGAGAUCGGGAACCUCACGAAUCUCGAAUAUCUCUGGGUCUCGGACAGUAACCUUGUGGGCGAGUUGCCCGACACGCUGGGCGGACUCAAGAGUUUGAUUAACUUCGACGCGUCGGAAAACCAGUUGAGCGGGAGGAUACCGAAUUCGCUCACUGAGUUAACGAGUGCGCGUCAGAUUGAGCUCUUCGGGAACAAGCUUACCGGUGAGCUGCCGCGUUCUGGGUGGUUAAAGAUGACGUCAUUGAGGAACUUCGACGCGGCGAUGAAUAAUCUGACGGGGACGAUUCCUGACGAGCUAACUCAGCUCCCACUCGCUUCCCUCAAUCUGUAUAAGAACGAACUCGAGGGGGAGAUUCCUGAGACCAUAGCGAACUCGCCCAAUCUCUACGAGUUGAAGCUGUUCAAUAACCGGUUGUCCGGCGAGGUACCUCAGAAACUCGGGGAAAACUCGCCGUUAUAUCUAGUCGAUUUAUCAACGAACAACCUCACCGGAAAAAUCCCCCCAAAUUUGUGCGCGAAAGGAGAGUUUUCGGAACUUCUAUUGCUCGAAAACUCGUUUUCCGGCGAAAUACCGGCUAGUUUGUCCGAGUGCGCGACAUUAUAUCGGAUAAGACUGGGUAAUAACCGGUUAUCCGGCAAUGUACCACCGGGUUUCUGGGGACUGCCCCGAGUGUCACUGUUAGAAAUCCCAUUCAACUCGUUUUCCGGCGAGAUAUCGAAAUCCAUCGCCUCUGCUUCGAAUUUAUCUCAACUUACUAUUUCUAACAACAAAUUUUCAGGAUCAAUUCCGGAAGAGAUCGGAUUUCUAAGCAAUUUAUUGGGCUUUGUGGCAAAUGAUAAUCAAUUUUCUGGUCCAUUACCAGAUUCAAUUUUGAAGAUGGACCAAUUAGGGAAUCUAAACUUGGAAAACAACCACUUAUCCGGUGAGAUUCCAUCAGGGAUUAAGUCCUUGACGAAGUUGAAUGAUCUUAAUUUAGGUAACAACGAGUUUUCCGGGCAAAUUCCUGCAGAAAUUGGUACAUUAUCGUCGCUUAACUACCUAGACUUGUCGAAUAAUCGACUUUGGGGUUCAGUCCCUAAUGAAUUGCAGAGUUUGAAGCUUAACCAGUUUAAUCUGUCAAAUAAUCAUCUCUCCGGCGAACUCCCACCGUUAUACGCCAAGGAAAUGUACAAGAGUUCGUUUCUGGGAAACCCAGGUUUAUGCGGUGAUAUAUCAGGUCUUUGUGACAGCAAAGUGGAAGUGGACAGGCAGCGUUAUCUUUGGGUAUUAAGAACAAUAUUUGUUCUAGCUGCAGUUGUAUUCCUAGUAGGGGUAGUAUGGUUUUACCACAAGUACAAGAAUUUCAAGGAAGUGAAGGACAGCAUCGACAAAUCAAAAUGGACUCUUAUGUCGUUUCACAAGCUGGGUUUCAGCGAAUAUGAGAUCUUAGAUUGCUUAGAUGAGGAUAAUGUAAUAGGAGCAGGUGCUUCUGGUAAAGUCUACAAAGCUGUGUUAAGCAACGGCGAGGCUGUUGCAGUGAAGAAGCUCUGGGGACAAUCAAAUAAGCUCGCAGACCGGGGCGAUAUCGAGUGUGGUGGUGGGAUGGUUAAUGACGACGGAUUCGAAGCUGAGGUUGAAACAUUAGGGAAGAUUAGGCAUAAGAAUAUAGUGAGGUUAUGGUGUUGUUGCAAAACAAAGGACUGUAAACUUCUUGUGUAUGAGUACAUGCCUAAUGGUAGUUUGGGUGAUUUGUUGCAUAGUCCUAAAGCAGGGUUAUUGGAUUGGCCUAUUAGAUACAAAAUCGCCCUCGAUUCUGCUGAAGGUCUAUCUUACUUGCACCAUGAUUGUGUCCCGGCUAUUGUUCAUAGGGAUGUCAAGUCAAAUAACAUCCUGUUAGACGGUGAGUUUGGGGCUAAGGUUGCCGAUUUCGGGGUGGCCAAAGUGGUGGAUGCUAUCGGAAAAGGGACUAAAUCCAUGUCGGUCAUCGCCGGUUCCUGUGGCUACAUUGCUCCCGAGUAUGCAUACACGCUCCGAGUCAACGAGAAGAGUGACACCUAUAGUUUUGGGGUGGUAAUUUUGGAAUUGGUGACCGGAAAACGACCGGUGGACCCUGAAUACGGGGAAAAAGACUUGGUCAAGUGGGUGUGCACCACUGUGGACCAGAAGGGUGUGGACCAUGUAAUUGAUCAAAAGCUCGAUUCUUGCUUCAAGGAAGAAGUAUGUAAGUUGCUCAACAUAGGGUUACUUUGCACUAGUCCUCUACCCAUCAACCGUCCAUCCAUGAGGCGAGUGGUGAAAAUGUUGCAAGAAGUAGGCGGUGAAAGCAUGUCGAAAUCAGGGAAGAAAGACGGUAAAUUGACACCGUACUAUUACGAAGACGCCUCCGACCAAGGAAGUGUAGCUUAGGUGGGUUUAUACAUACUCCAUGUCUACAAGAAAGAAAUGGAAUUUUAGUGUCAUUUGGUUUGCAUUAAAAGUGAGAGAAAAUGGGAAGUGAUAAAUCAUAAAUAGGGGUAGGCUAGUAGAGCAGUAGUAUUAGUAAGUAUUUAUGAGUUGCUAUUGUAAAUUUGUUUGACCAAUGAGAGUUUUUUAUCCAAAUUUGAUAAUCAACCUGCAUUUUCUUAAA